AUGAAUAGAUUAACAAACCUAGCUAAUAGUCAUUCAUUGCUGAAUGUUGCUACAAGGAAAUCCGGUAGUAAUGGAAAUAGAUUAAAAAACAUAUUAUUAGAUAAUAAUAAUAAUAAUAAUAAGAAUCUUCAUAACAACAAUAAUCAUUUCAAAUCAUCAUCUUCUUCAACUUUGAUAAACUAUCAAAGAUCACUUCAUAUAAAUAACAAUAACAAUAGUAAUAAUAUCAAUCUCAAUAUAAACAACAACAACAACAACAAUAAUUUCAAUACAAACAGUAAUAAACUAUAUAGUGUAUCUCAUUUAAAUAGUCAUACACCUAUAUCUAAUAAGAAUACUUUAUAUCAUUUUAUAUAUUAUCAUUAUCGUUCAAAUAGCAAUAACGACAAUAGUAUUGCUACUAAAAGAUAUAGUAGUACUAGUAGUAGUGGUAACAAUAGUAGUAGUAACAGUAAUAAUAAUAAUAAUGAAAAUAAACAAUUAAAUGAGAAUAAUAAACAAGAAAAUCAAGACAAACCAAAAGAUGAAUCAAUUUUGAAUUUGAAAGGAAAACGAUUGUUCUUCAAGAAAGACAAAGGAAUAUUCUUAUUGUACAAGAACAUAUCAGAGAGAAUCAGAUUCGUGUUGACUAGACACAAACCAUUGACAUCGGAUCAUUUCUUUGCUAUUUUCAGUUGGCUUCUUUUUGGUACUGGUUCUCUUAUAAUCUUGGGAACAACUACUCUCGUUUCACUGAUACUCUGGAUUGUAAAUACAUUUGAAUUCUCAGAGUGGACAGCUAAACGCAUUGGUAAAUACCUUACAACCAACACUGGAAUCAAUAUAACUUUUGAACAUGCAAGAGGAGAGCUGAAGACAGGAUACAUUAGAUUGGAGAAUGUCACUGUUUCACGUAAUCCUAGAGCCGACGAACACCUCUCAUCGAUCCAACUCUCGAUCAAACAGAUCGAUAUUAAACUAUCGAUACUCUGGCUACUCGAAGGCAAGGGAAUCAUCCAGGAGUGUCUGGUAUCCGGUGUUCGUGGAAUCAUAGAUCGUCGUAGUGAGGGUCUCUAUUUAAAUUACGCAGAUAUGAUUUAUCCAAGAAAGAAAAAGGCACUUGGAGAUUUUGUAUUUGAUCGGUUGGAAGUAAAGGAUUUAUUGAUAACAUAUCAUAUGCCAGAUAAGACACAUCGACCACUCUCUAUAUCGGUGUUCAGUAUGGAGUCUGACAAGUUUAGAAAACAAUGGAUAUUGUAUGAUCUUCUCUCCAGUAAGAACAUCGUUGGAAAGUUCGAUGGUUCACUCUUUACUUAUACCAUUCCACAACAUCAGACUGCUGACACAAACGCAUCGAAAUUUGAACAAAGAGAAUUGAAACUCGAUGGUGUAAAUAUAGAUAUUCUAUCAAGAAAUGCAACGGGACCACUUGGAUGGAUAAAAGAAGGUACAUUUGAUAUUCAACUCAAUCUUUUAUUACCCAAAGUAAAAGAAGGAGAGAUAUUAGAAUCGGAGAGUCAUACCGUUGACUAUGGUAUCAUUCCAAUUGAUAAAGAUCCACUUAAAAACUUACAUUUAACAUUCAGUGUACAAUUAAAUCAUUUGUUCUCUGUGGCACCGCUGUAUACACCGGAGCUGAGUUACCUUUCGAAUGCUCUGGCACAUCCGAUCGUUGCCUAUAUCAAUUCUCACUCGAAACACAUCCCACUGCAAUUCAAUUUUUCAAUGAACCUGAGACAGUAUAACGGUGCGUGGACACUCAGUCAAGCGUCGUUCUGGGAACUGCUGAGUGAUAGCGUCGGUCGUGAAUUGGCAAACAAAGUACAACAGACAAAGAAUGUAACAACACUCAAAGAGAUUGCCGGUCAACUGUUUAGCGAGGUUAUGGACUGGCUCCUACCUUUUAUCGAGAAGAACAAACAAGAGUAUCAAAGAUUAAUAGAGGAACAACAUGCUCUUCAACAAAAUGAAAAUGGUUUAGAUGAUAAUAAUAAUGAUCAAGAUUAUUUUAAACAGAAUCAUCAUUGUGAUUCUGUAUCAGAUUCUCAAAACAAAAAAGAAGAAUGA